AUGACAUAUAUUGACUAUUCAAAGUGGGAUAAAAUUAAAUUGGACAGUGAUGAUGAAGCUGAUAAAAAAUAUACACAACCUUCUGUUACUCGUUUUGAUAGUCCAAAGUUAAUAUCUUUAAAGGAUGGUACAUAUUAUAUUGAAGAAAGUAUAGAAAAGAAUUUAACAUCAAAUUUGAAGUCAGAUAGUUUGAUAUAUCAUGAAAAAACUUUAGAAAUUGAUGACUUACAGUAUAAUGGUGGGCAUGAUUUAGAAGGAAAGUACUAUUGGAGUCAGACAAAGGUUGAUAUUAGGUUGUACGUUAUAAUUGAUGAUAAAAUUGAUUCAAAAUAUUUGGAAGUUAUUAUUAAAGAAGAUAACAUUACAAUUAAAUAUAAUGGCACUAUUUUUUUUGAGAAAGAGUUUAGUUAUAGUGUAGAAGAUGAUGAGGAUAUUAUAUUCUGGUCAGUUAUUAAAGUAAAAGAUAAUAAUACAUGUAAACUUAUUAGAAUGAUAUGUAUUGAACUUAAAAAGAAGAAACUUAUACAUGAAGUCAAUAUAUGGUGGAGAAGCAUGUUUAAAGAUGGUGCUUCUAUAGAUAUAAAUGGUUUAGAAGAUCGUAAAAAUAACGAGACUCUUAAUAAAAAUAAGGAAUUCUUAAAAUCAUGGAAUGAAGCACAUAGGAGAUUUUUAGAGGGAAUAAGAGAGAGGAAAUCAAAGGGUGAUUUACCUAUAUUACUUUAA